CAGGGCAUGUGGUAAUUAAAACCACGUGUAAGUAUCUGUCAAGUUUAUCCUCAGUGACCUCUUACUUUAGCGAAAUUAUUAAGCAAAAAAUUGCAAAUAAGAAAAAAAAUGAAAACAGAAAAGGAUAAACAGGAAAUUUUGCCGACCACUAACGAAGGCACACAAAAUAGUGAUAAACCCAUUGAAUAUUUUAAUGGGGUAGAAAUUUCUAAACUAAGUAAAAAACAAAAGAAAAAAUACCUUAGGACGGUAAAAUGGAAUGCAAUAAAAAAAGAAAAGCGUGCAAAAGAGAGAUUGAAAUUAAAAGAAAAACGAAUACAUGCUAAAAUACAUAAUAUAGAUUUAGGCCCUAGUCGCAAACAAUUAAAACGAGUUAAAAUGGCCAAUAGUCCUUGUAAGAUUAGCGUUUGUAUAGAUUUGAGUUUUGACGAUCUUAUGAUCGACAAAGAUAUGGCGAAAACUAUAAAACAAGUAUUACGAGUAUACACAAUGAAUCGAAGAGCCAAAUCGCCAUUACAACUUCAUUUAAGUAGUUUUAAUGGUAGAAGUGAGAAAGAGUUUGCACGACAUCAUGGAUUUGAACAUUGGGACAUUAACUUCCACAUCGAAGACUAUAUAAAUAUAUUUCCUAAAGAAAAAAUCUUAUAUCUAACUAGUGAAAGUGAUAACACCAUUAUGUCUUUAGAUGAAGACAAAGUUUAUAUAAUUGGAGGUCUGGUGGAUCACAAUUCACAAAAGGGGAUUUGCUAUAAUAAAGCCAUUGAACAAGGUAUAGCACACGCGAAAUUACCAAUUGAAGAAUUUUUUUGGAUGAAACAUAGAAAAGUAUUAACAAUUAACCAUGUUUACGAAAUUCUUCUGUAUGUAAGUGAAGGAUGCAGUUUCAAAGAAGCAAUUGAUAAAGUCCUUCCUAAAAGAAUUGAGAAAAUACCAACUGAUGCUAAGGACAUAGAAAACCAUGAUAUAAAUGUAGAGAGUGAUAACAGUUAAUAUAAUUAUACUAUUUAAUUUAUUAAUAUAUUUUGAUUAAAUUUGGGGCUAUAUAAAAGAUCAGAAAAUAUAUUUAAAAAAAAAUGGAUGCGACACUUGAAAUAAAUAUAUCAAGACAAGAAUUUUUUGAAAAUUCAAAGUGAAGAAAUGCAAAAACAUGUCAAUACGAAUUUUAAAGAAAAAUAAAGCUAUUUUCACUAAUGCA